AUGCUGUUCCUGAAUCCCCAGCGCAGCCUCAAGCAGGAGGACAUCCGCUCGUUCUUGGUGUCCGAAUCCGACAACAGAAAGUUCACAGAACAGAUGGGGCAGCUGUUGCUGCAGGACUGCGGGAAGGAGCACUCAGACCUGAGCAAGACCUUCCAGGUGAUGAUGAAGGACAGCACGGGCAUCCCCGUGAACGUGCACGUGUUUGCCGUGUCCUAUUUUAGCCAGGGCGGGCUCUCGGCCUUCAAGGUGGGCGUCCUGGAGGUGAGCGACUCCGACUCCAUGCUUCUGCCAAACCUAGGGCAUCUGGCGGAGAUCAGGCAGCUGCGCCGGCGGGGUCGCCGGCCAAAGCAGGACCUGGAGCGAACGCCGCCGGGGCCGCCCCCCGGUCCGCCAGAGGACGCUGAAGACAGCAGCGGCAGCAGCAACGGCACUCGGGCUCGGAUGCUUCAGGCUCGACGUUUUUCAAUGAUUUCGAGGGGGACGCCCCCGCCUUCUGGUUCGACGUGCUCUCGGCUGGCUACGACAUUCUGUGUUUGUCCGACAGCUUUCAGCAUUGCUUCGGCACCUGCGAGGACGCGAAGUUUCUGA